AUGUCGGACUCGGAAGAUUUGGUCGAGCUUCCUGAGGAAGAUGAGGAGGAUCUCUUCGGCGACGAGCCGGCGGACGAUGUCCUUGAGGACCGUAGUCGUGCCGGCAGCGAACGCGACGCGGCAUCCGAUCAGGAUGCGGGCGAGGGCUACGGCAGAGAUGACGAGGCGCCGGCAUCGACGGACUAUGAGACGAGGGUCAUUGAGGCUGUUGAGAUGCAGCGCCAUCGCAUCCCCAAGGCGAAAGAUCAGAGAUUGCGAUCUCUUCGUGUCCCGAAGUUCAUGAGAAUCGUCCCCACGCUUUUCGAUCCCGAAACAUUCGAGCCUACUGAGCAAGACAUUGAGAACGCCAAAGCUGAAGUGCCCAAGGCAGACAUCCGCGUCCGGAGACAGGGAAACAAGCUGCAGAGCAACGCCAUGAUCCACAGAUGGAGCGACGGCUCUGUAACGAUGACCGUCGGCGACGAGCACUUUGAAGUAACAACUAAGGCCCUGGCUCCUGGGCCCGACCAACCAUACUCGGAACUUCAAGACGGACACUACUACGCCGCCGCCGCCGAGUAUUCCAGCAACUUCCUCAUGUUCGUGGGACAUGUCACCGAUCAGUAUAUUGUCCGACCCGGAAAGGAAGUUGCCGACGACGCCCUCAUUGCUCUUGCGGAGCGCAUGGCGACGAUAUCGCAAAAGCCGCAGGAGAAGGACAUGAUCAUCAACACAAUCCAGGAUCCCGAGUUGCGCAAGAGACAGGCGGAACAGGCAGAAAAGGAGCGCAUGAAGAUGCAACGGCGUCGGGAGACGCAGACGGCCCGCAUGGACUCCAGUCGUGGAUUUGGCCGCAGCGGAGGUCUCUCGAUUGGGGACCUCGAGGGUGGACGACGCGCUGGUGGAUCGCGUAAGAGGGGCAUGCCCGGCGCACCGAAGCAAAAGCGAAGGCGUCCUGAGUAUGACUCUGAUGACGACCUGCCUUCUGGUGCUCGCAGGCAAGAUGAUUAUGACAUGGAGGAUGACUUUAUUGUUGCGAGUGACGAGGAGGUCAGCGAGGGAGACCAGGACGACGACGAGGAGCCUCUCGGCGACGACGAGGCGCCACGGUACAAGAAGCGACGGAGGAGGUCGGACGACGACGACGCCGAAGGCGACGAUGAUGACAUGAUGGAGACAAGCGGCCGCGGAAGAAGGCGCCAUGUUGUCGACGACGAUGAUUCGGAGUGA